AUGGAAACAAAUAUUCCCAAUUUGGCACAUCUUCUUCAGCUGUGUAUUAGCAAGAAAGCUCUCCUAGCUGGUAAGGUUCUUCAUGCACAAAUCUUCCGAUUAUCCCUUUCUUCUGUCACCUUUCUCUCCAACAACCUAAUCGAAUUGUAUUCCAAGUGUAAUGAUGUUAGUGUUGCCUAUCGAGUGUUUUGUAAUACACCUCAAAGAAAUAUAUAUUCCUGGAAUGCCAUCUUGGGUGCUUAUUGUAGACAGAACAAUUUGCGGGAUGCUUAUAGAUUGUUUCUACAAAUGCCCGAAAGGAACACUGUGUCAUGGAACACUAUUAUUAGUACAAUGGUAAGAACUGGAUUUGAAGAGCAGGCGCUGGAUGUUUUUGACUCAAUGAUGUUGGAAGGAAUUAAACCCUCCCACAUUACAUUUGCCAGCAUAUUUAGUGGAUGUGGUUCUUUAGCAGAUGCUGAAUUUGGCAGGAAAAGCCAUGGUCUUGUGGUCAAGGUUGGUCUUGACAGAAAUAUGUAUGUUGUCAAUGCUCUUUUGUUCAUGUAUACUAAGUGUGGGCUUGCCAGGGAUGCGAUCCGUAUUUUUAGGGACAUACCUGAUCCUAAUGAGGUUUCUUUUACUACAAUGAUGGGUGGAUUAGCUCAGACAAGUCACGUGAGAGAAGCUUUCCAAAUGUGCAGGCUAAUGUUGAGGAAAGGUGUUCAUAUUGAUUCUGUCUCAUUGUCAACCAUCUUGGGUGCCUGUUCGAAGGGAGGAUUUGAGGAAAUUGGUCUCCAUGGUCAAAAGUAUGGCUUCUCACGAAUUUUUCAGGGCAAAGAAAUACAUGUGCUGUCAAUUAAACUAGGUUUUGAAGGAGACCUCCAUUUGAGCAAUUCACUGCUUGAUAUGUAUGCAAAAAGUGGAGACAUGAAUAGUGCUGAAAGUAUCUUUGCUAAUUUGCCUCAACUGAGCAUUGUUUCUUGGAAUAUAAUGAUCGCUGGAUAUGGAAAUGUGUGCAAUAGUGAGAAAGCUCUAGAAUAUCUGCAAAGAAUGGAGUCAUAUGGAUUUGAACCAGAUGAUGUUACUUAUAUUAAUAUGCUAACAGCAUGCAUCAAGUCUGGGGAUAUUAGUACUGGGCGUUAUAUAUUUGACAGCAUGCCAUGCCCAAGUUUGACUUCAUGGAAUGCUAUGCUCUCAGGCUACACCCAAAAUGCAUGUCAGAAAGAGGCAGUUGAAUUGUUUCGAAAAAUGCAGUUCCAAUGUGUACAUCCUGAUCGGACUACUCUGUCCAUUAUUCUUGCUUCAUGUGCUGAAGUAGGACUUCUUAUUGAGGGAAAACAAGUUCAUGCAUGCUCACUUAAGUUUGGAUCAUAUAAUGAUCUGUAUGUUGCCAGUGGCCUUAUCAAUGUUUAUUCAAAGUGUGGGGAAAUGGAGUUGGCAAAGCAUGUAUUCAGCAAACUGCCUGAACUAGAUGUUGUUUGCUGGAACUCAAUGAUAGUGGGGUGCUCAAUCAAUUCUCUUGACCAAGAAGCUUUCUCUUUCUUUAAGCAGAUGAGAGAAUUUGGCAUCACUCCUUCCAAGUUUUCUUAUACCAACAUAUUGAAUUCAUGUGCAAAACUUUCUUCAUUACUGCAAGGACAGCAGAUUCAUGCACAAAUCACAAAAGCUGGCCAUGUUGAUGACAUAUUUGUAGGGAGUUCUCUUAUUGAAAUGUAUUGUAAAUGUGGAGUUGUGGAUAGAGCCAGGUGUUUUUUCAAUAUGAUGCAAUUUAAAAACAUUGUUACUUGGAAUGCAAUGAUCCAUGGUUAUGCCCAUAAUGGAUGUGGUAUUGAGGCUGUUUGCCUCUACAAAGACAUGAUCCAAUCAGGUGAAGAGCCUGAUGAUAUUACUUUUGUAGCUGUAUUAACAGCAUGUAGCCACUCUGCUUUGGUUGAUGAAGGUAUUGAAAUUUUCAAUUCAAUGCAGCAAUAUGGUAUUAUGCCAAUGGUGGAUCACUAUACUUGCAUUAUAGAUUGUUUGGGUCGUGCUGGGCGGUUCAAUGAAGCAGAAGUAAUUCUAGAUAGUAUGCCAGGCAAAAAUGACCCUGUCAUUUGGGAGGUUGUACUGAGCUCAUGUCGUAUUCAUGCUAACCUAAAAUUAGCAAAAAGAGCAGCAGAGGAACUCUUUCGACUGAAUCCUCAAAAUUCUGCCCCUUAUGUGCUUCUUGCCAACAUGUAUUCUUCUAUGGGAAGAUGGGAUGAUGCAACACGUAUUAGAGAUAUGAUGAGCGACAAACAGGUGCAUAAGGAUCCUGGUUAUAGCUGGAGUGAGUUCAAGAAUAAGAUGGAGGACAGUAAUCGUGAUGGGUUGGUGUGCGAUGUUAUCUAG